AUGUGCCUACACAUAGGUGAAUCUAUAUGUCCAUCUCUUUUUAGAGGACGCGGUUGCUCCUCGCAAACCGAUACACCUAUCGGGGCGUACUUGCAUUUACUAUCAUUCCUCCAUUUUUAUUUUUUCCUCUAUAUCUUUUCUUACAAUUUCUCGUCCCUUUUUGUUUGUACUUUUUUUUUCUCUUCUUUUUAUCACAUCUGCUGUCUUAUUCGUUUUCUUCUCUUUUUCCAUCUACUUCUUUUAACUCGCUUUCCCUGCUUCUUUCAUUUUCUUUCUCUUUCUAUUCGUCCUCUUUCUCUUGCCUACUCGUUUGUUUUUUCUCUCUUUUUCUUUGCGUAUGUUUCAUUCGUAUUUUCUUCCAUUCACGUUUGCUUCUUUUCUUUGAUUUUAAUGCAAGACUCUUUUUUGUCUGCUUUCUCCUCGACCCUUUUUAACCAUUUUCUUAUCUUUUUGUUCUAUUUCUUUGCAACUGUUUUUCUUUCCCUCUUUUUCUUUUUCUUCACUUUUCCUUCUGCAUUUAUUUAUCUGCCUCCAUUUUAUUUCCUUUCGUUAUCUUUUAUUUCUUUUCGCCGGCUUUCAUUUUCUUUUUUCUUUUUUCAUCUCCUUUUUUAUUCAUUUUCACACUGGCUUCCUUUCGUCCAUUUGCUCUUCUUCGGUACGUUUUCUUUUCCUUCUCUAGUUUUCGUCUGCAUUCUUUUCGUCUCUCUUUUUUUCCGCCAUUUUUCUCCUUAUCCUCUAUUUCUUUUCGCCCACUUUCUGUUUCUGUUUUUGCUCGUUUAUCUUUUUUCUUCACUUUUCCUUUCUACUUCUUAUCGUACAUUUUGUUUGCCCCUUUUUUUGCUGUCUUUUCUUUCUACUUCUAUUGAUCCGUUUUCUUUCUUUUUUCUUCACUUUUCCUUUCUAAUUCUUUACACUUGUCUUCUCUUCGCUCAUUUUUUCCCCUUUUCUUUUCCUCUACUUUUUCCAAUUUUUCCUUCUAAUCCUCGCUCAUUAGUCCUUUUUCUCUUUCCCUUUCCCGUCAUAUUUCUUUUCAUCCUCUCUUUCUCUUUCUCUUUCCCUUCCUAUUUCUUUUCAUCCUCUCUUUCUCUUCCUUUUCCUAUUUCUUUUUAUCCUCUUUCUCUUUAUUUUUCCCGACCAAUUUCUUUUCGCCCUCUUUCUCUUUCCCCUUCCUAUUUUUUCACAUACCUUUUUUCUUUCCUUUGCUGUUUCUUCUUUUCUUCUUCCUCAUUCUCUUUCCCUUCCUACUUCUUCUUACCCUCUUUUUCUUUCCCUUCUAAUUUCUUUUCGUGCUCUUUCUCUUUCUCUUUCCCUUCCUAUUUCUUCUCAGUCUCUGUCUGUUUCUAUUUCUUCUCAUCCUCUUUUUCUUUCUCAUUAUAUUCUUAUUACUUUUCAUCCUCUUUCUCGUUCUUUCUCCUAUUUCUUUUUAUCCUCUUUCUAUUCCUAUUUUUUCAUCCUCUUUCUAUUUCUCUUUCCUUUCCUAUUUCUUUCAAUCCUUUUCUCUUUCCCUUCAUAUUUCGUUUCGUUCUCUCUUUCUUUCUCUUUCCCUUCAUAUUUCUUUUCCUUCUCCUUCCUUUCCUAUUUCUUCUCAUGCCCUUUCUCUUUCCCUUGCUAUUUCUUUUCCUCUUCUUUUUCUUUCUCUUUCCUUUCCUAUCUCUUUACAUCCUCUUUUUUCUUUAUCUCUUCUUUGUCAUGUCUCUUCUCAUUUUUUCUUUCCAUCCACUUACUUUUUUCUUGCUCAUUUUUCUCUUUAUUUCUUUCAUGCAUAUUUUCGAUCUUAUUCUCUUUUCUUCCUUUGAUUUUUCUCUUGUCCAUGACCCUCCUUGCUUCCUUCCCAGUCUUCAUCGUUUUCUUUUCUCUUCUUUUUUUCUUAUCUUGUCUCUCUGUCAUCAUUUUUACUUGUUCUUCUCUUUUUCUCGGCGCAUUCUACAUGAUUUUCUACCUUUAUUUUUCUCCCUCUUCUCUUCAUCUUUCUUUCUCUUUCCGUCUCUUUUUUUUCUUGUGUUUCUUUUCUUCUAUUUUCUCACUUGUCUCUCUCUCUCUCUCUUCGCGUCCUCCACCUUCCAUUUUCUCCAAUCCCCCCCUCCUUCUCCGCUGAGUAUCUUUAAUUCUGUUGUUUGCUCUCCCUCCUUUUUAUCUAUUUCAUCGACCUUUUUUCUCCCUUUCUUUUCAUUCUUUUUCUCUCGCCCUUCCUAUUUCUUCUCAUCCUCUUUCUCUUUUUCUCUCUCUUCCAAUUUCUUUACCCCCUUUUUCUCUUCUCUUUCUCUUUCCAUUCCUAUUUCUUCUCAGCCUCUUUCUCUUUUUUCUCUCUCUUCCUAUUUCUUUUCCUCUUUUUUCUCUUUCUCUUUCUUUUUCUUUUCCUAUUUCUUCUCAUCCUCGUUCUCUUUCCAUCCCUAUUUCUUCUCAGCCUCUUUCUCUUUUUUCUCUCUCGUCCUAUUUCUUUACCCCCUUUUUCUCUUCUCUUUCUUUUUCUUUUCCUAUUUCUUCUCAUCCUCUUUCUCUUUCCAUCCCUAUUUCUUCUCAGCCUCUUUCUCUUUCACUUCCUAUUUCUUUUCGUCCUCUUUCUCUUUCCCUUCCUAUUUUUUCUUCCAAUUUAUUUUUUCUAUUUUCCUUCUUAUGUCUUUGCCUGUAGAUUAUUUUGUGUUUAUUUUAAUCUCAAUUCUUUUAUUCAAUUCUCUUUUUCUCUUUUUCCCAACCUUGCCACUUGAGUCUUUUUUUCUCUUUUCCCAAUCAUGCCACUUUAGUUUUUUGGCUUCAGACUACGUUGCCUCUUCAUUACUUUUCUCUUUUCCAAACCUUGGCUCUUGUCUUUUUCUCGUUUCCCAAACUUGCCUCUUCAGUCUUUUUGACAUUAGCUUACCUUGCCUUAUCAUCUACCUUACCUCUUCUGUUUUUUUUAGCAUCAGCCUACUUUCCCUCUUCGGUCUUUUUCUCUUUUCCCAACUUUAUCCUUUCAGUCUUUUUGGAUUUAGCUUUCCUUGCGUCUUCAGUUUUUUCUCUUUAGCGUACCUUGCCUCUUCAGUCUUUUUCUCUUUUCCCCAAGUUGCCUCUUAA